AAAACUCAAAGGAUGGCCACUGGCAUGAUGUAAAAGCUCAAAAAAAGAGGUUCUUAUUGGCUACUGCAGAAAGUGCUUAAAUACCAUGACCUUAGUUGGAAAGCUGAAUCAUAGUGGCCAGAGACCAGUGCCUCAGAGAACAACAGGGCAUACAAGGAACAGGAAGGAGCCUUCCUUCUCUUGCGACUUGCUUCAGGAGCUGUAGGCAAGUGUUGGAUCUGUUCAGCUCCUCCAUGUUCACAACAGAACUAGAGAGAGGGAGGGAUGAUUUUACAGCGAUAUGGGAGUGAGAGUGAGAGACUGAGCACAAAACAGCGAGCAAGGAGGAAAUAGGGGGCAGUGUCAAACGUUAGGAAACUCUUAACAGGAAAAAGCACAGCAAACUAGGAAUGGCUCAGUCCUGGAUAAACAUAUUCUGCGUGCGGCUUUCAUCGGUCACUUUAAUCUCAUGUAAAAUAAAAAGCAUAUCCAUCACAGUUCAUAAGCAGAGGUGCAUACAGUACGCGAAAAUGAUCAUAAUGUGCUUCUCAAAAACAGAAAACAGAAAAGCAGUAAAGGUAACAAGCCAACAUCUAAAGUACCAAGACAGUCCUGCGAAGCAAGUAUUAAAUUCAAUAUUCCGAAGAAGGGCAUAUUCAUUCACUUGUCUUUAAAUUGCUACAUGAAAGGCAGUUAGGCUGUCUCAGGAAGAGCUGUAAUAGAAACAUCCUUGUCCAGUGAGCCCCAGUAAAGCAGAGGACACAUGCUUACUGGGGUGGGGGCUGCUCCCCACAUCACUUCGCUAACUGGAUACUCUGUAACCAUCCUCUCUCACCACCCCCAAAAGAAACAAGAGGACUAUUUUCAUGAUUCCUGCUUGACAGACAUAUGGGAACAAUAACUCCAUAGACACGUACAUCAUAAUAGGAAGCAAUCCUAUUUUAGCAUGAUUUAAAAAGAGGUUUUAAAUAGACUUAAGCUACUAAAGCUACCCAUCUGAAGCCUGUAGAUGAGCCUGCCACAGCUCUAAUUUUAUUUAGCAGAUUCACAGAUUUGGGAUAUGGCUUUGGAGGCUCUCUUACUGAUGUUCAAAGGUAACUAGGAGGUCAGCGCUCAUUUAUAAAGAUUUCUAUACAAGGAAAUCUGUCUCACACCAAAGAGUAACAGAUCUAAUUCAAACAUAUUUGGCCAAUGUUUUUCUUCUUGUGUCUUGAGUUUCUGGGUUUUCUUUUUUGUCUUAUUUGGUCGGUAGGAGAAGACAGAUUAAAAUUAGUUCUGAAGUUUUAUUUUUAUACAUUGUCCUGCAAGUACUGGACAAAACAUUUAAUCUCUUGAAAAAUACUUUCCCUGCCAAAAUAUCUGAUUAGUUUUAACUGCUUUCGUUAAAACACAGGCACGUAGAAAUGAGAAGAGAGGAGGUCUUUUCAUAAAAACACAGAAAACUAAGACUUCAUCUGGCCUUCCCAUCAUCAUUUGAAGAAUUGUUUGGUAGUUACAUCAUCAGGAAAUAAAAUACUAUCCUCUCAGGACCCUUACUCUCUACAAAGAGAAAAGAAGUUUGAAGUUUGUAUGUCAAAAACUCCCAACUUCUUUUCCUCUCCUGCCUCCUCCAGAAACCCCAAAACAAAUGUAACAAAAUGUAUUUACAAAAGUUUACACAAGAAUCAGGAUGUGUACUUAAGACUUUAAAGCUGCAACUUUAAAGUUGCCAGACCCAGUAGGAGGAGGGUCAAACUUGACCCCCAAGGCCUUGGGCAGUCUGGUAGGAGGGUGCGGGUCAGGCCCAUCCGACCAGCACUGGGACCCGAGCCGGGAACCCACAGGGCAUCCACGCCGCUGUCUGCGGAGCCGUGAGGGUCUGGGCUGUCGUGGCCCCGCCGCCCAGCCGCACAUGCCGCGCGCCUUAUAAGGCUGAGCGGUGACGUAACGCCCCAAGGCCGGCGCGCUCGGCGUCCCGCUCGCAUUGUUCGGGAGGCUCCCGGAGCGCGCACAGCCGCUCGCAGCGCAACCGCGGCCCGGCUCGCCGCCCCGCCCGGCCCGGCCCGGCGCCUGCAGCUCAGAUUAAAGAAACUAAUUGACCAAGAAACUGAGUCCCAGGAAAAGAAGGAGCAAGAAAAGGAGAAGAGGAUCAAGGCCCUGAAAGAGGAGCUGACCAAGCUGAAGUCUUUUGCUUUGAUGGUUGUGGAUGAACAACAACGGCUUACAGCUCAACUCGCCCUUCAAAGACAGAAAAUCCAAGAUCUGGCCACAAGUGCAAAGGAAACACAGGGUAAACUAGCCGUUGCUGAAGCCAGAGCUCAGGAAGAAGAGCAGAAGGCAGCUAGGCUAGAAAAAGAACUGCAAACACAGACCACAGAGUUUCAGCAAAACCAAGACAAAAUUAUGGCAAAGCUCACCAACGAGGACAGUCAAAACCGCCAACUCCGACAGAAGCUGGCAGCACUCAGCCGGCAAAUUGAUGAGUUAGAAGAGACCAACAGGUCUUUACGAAAAGCCGAGGAAGAGCUGCAAGAUAUAAAAGAAAAAAUAAACAAGGGAGAAUAUGGAGACUCUGGUAUCAUGGAUGAAGUGGAUGAGCUCAGGAAGCGCGUGCUGGAUAUGGAGGGGAAAGAUGAGGAGCUCAUAAAAAUGGAGGAGCAGUGCAGAGACCUCAAUAAGAGGCUUGAGAAAGAGACAGUACAGAGUAAAGACUUCAAACUAGAGGUUGACAAACUUAGUAUAAGGAUCACGGCUCUGGAAAAAUUAGAAGAUGCUUUAGACAAAAGCAAACAAGAAUGCUACUCUCUGAAAUGCAAUUUAGAGAAAGAAAAGAUGACCACAAAGCAGUUGUCUGAAGAGCUGGAGAGUUUAAAUGCCAGAAUCAAAGAACUAGAAGCCAUCGAAAGUCGGCUGGAAAAGACAGAAAUCACACUAAAGGAUGACUUAACUAAACUGAAAACAUUAACUGUAAUGCUUGUAGAUGAACGAAAAACAAUGAGUGAAAAAUUAAAGCAAACAGAAGAUAAGUUACAAACCACCGCCUCUCAGCUCCAAGCGGAGCAAAAUAAAGUAACAACAGUGACUGAGAAGUUAAUUGAGGAAACCAAGAGAGCACUCAAGUCCAAAAGUGAUGCAGAAGAGAAGAUGUACAGUGUAACAAAGGAAAGAGAUGACCUCAGAAAUAAACUCAAAGCAGAAGAAGAGAAAGGACACGAUCUCUUGUCAAAAGUUACUGUACUGAAAAACAGGCUUCAGUCACUGGAAGCAAUUGAGAAAGAUUUCGUAAAAAACAAAUUAAACCAAGACUCCAGUAAGUCCACAGCAGCAUUACACCAAGAAAACAAUAAGAUCAAGGAGCUCUCUCAAGAAGUGGAAAAGCUAAAACUGAAGCUAAAGGAUAUGAAAGCCAUUGAGGAUGACCUCAUGAAAACAGAGGAUGAGUAUGAGACCUUAGAACGGAGGUAUGCUAACGAGAGAGACAAGGCUCAGUUUCUGUCUCAAGAGCUGGAACAUGCUAAAAUGGAACUUGCCAAGUACAAGUUAGCGGAAAAGACAGAGUCCAGCCAUGAGCAGUGGCUUUUCAGGAGGCUCCAGGAAGAAGAAGCGAAAUCAGGCCACCUGUCAAGAGAAGUGGACGCAUUAAAGGAGAAAAUUCACGAGUACAUGGCAACAGAGGACCUCAUUUGUCACCUCCAGGGAGACCACUCUGUUCUGCAAAAGAAACUAAACCAACAAGAAAACAGGAACAAAGAUUUGGGAAGAGAGAUUGAAAACCUCACUAAAGAGUUAGAAAGGUAUCGGCAUUUUAGUAAGAGCCUCCGGCCUAGUCCCAAUGGAAGAAGAAUCUGUGACCCACAAGUAUUUUCUAAAGAAGUUCAAACGGAAGCAGCAGACAGUGAGCCUCCAGACUACAAGAGCCUCAUUCCUCUGGAGAGACCAGUAAUCAACGGUCAGUUGUAUGAGGAGAAGGAGGACCAGGAUGACGACCCUAACGAGGAGGAGGCCGUGCUGUCCUUCAGAUGCAGCCCAUCUACUUCUCUUCCUAUGAACAGGAAACUGUGGAUUCCUUGGAUGAAAUCCAAGGAGGGCCAUCCUCAGAAUGGAAAAAUACAAACUAGGUCCAAUGGCAACUUUGUACAACCUGGAGAUCUAGUUCUAAGUCACACACCUGGGCAGCCACUUCACAUAAAGGUUACUCCGGACCACACGCAAAAUACGGCCACUCUUGAGAUCACAAGUCCAACCACAGAGAGUCCUCACUCCUACACCAGCACAGCAGUGAUACCAAACUGUGGCACCCCAAAGCAAAGGAUCACCAUUCUCCAAAAUGCCUCUAUCACACCAGUUAAGUCCAAAAGCUCUACAGAAAGCCUUAUGAACUUAGAGCAAAGCAUGCCCCCGGUUACCAUGGCAACCUUUGCCAGAGCACAGACCCCAGAGUCCUGUGGUUCUGUGACCCCAGAACGGACAAUGUCACCUAUUCAGGUUUUGGCUAUGACUGGUUCACCUAGUUCUCCUGAGCAAGGCUGCUCUCCAGAGCCGAUAGAGAUCAGUGCCAAGCAUGCAAUUUUCAGAGUCUCACCAGACCGGCAGUCAUCAUGGCAGUUUCAACGUUCAAACAGUAACAGUUCAAGUGUGAUAACUACUGAGGAUAAUAAAAUCCACAUUCACUUAGGAAGUCCUUACAUGCAAGCUGUGGCUGGCCCCGUGAGACCUGCCAGCCCUUCACUGCAGGAUAACAGAACUCAAGGCUUAACUAAUGGGGCACUAAACAAAACAACCAAUAAAGUCACCAGCAGUAUUACUAUCACACCAACAGCCACACCUCUUCCUCGACAAUCACAAAUUACAAUCAAGGGAGUAUGCAAGCAGAGAGUUCCAACAAGGAUCCCUAAACCCAAAUCUACAGGCAUCAGCAGACUUUCCACCAACACACCCCUGGGAUCGAUGGAUAAGGCUAGUCAUCAAAAUGACUGCGAGAAAUUACACAUCAUAAGAACUGUCACUUCUAACACUUUCCUCCACAUAAAAGGGAAAAGUUCCCGCGCCGCCUGGUGCACCCUCGGCUCCGAGUCCCACCUCCCGGCGGAUCAACGCGACUGCCACUCACCGGCAAGGGAGCCGUGGCGAGUACCUGGGGAGGAGGAACGAGGGAGGAGGAACGAGGGAGGCGGGCGAACGCUUACCUGGGCUGCCGGCCGUGGCCGGCUGGUUCUCCCACCACUCGUCUCCCAGAUCGUCUGCCAUCUCCGUGAGACCCGGACGCGAGCUGACAACCAGAUGAAUGCAAAGCGGCCCGCUGCACCGCUGGGAUCAGCUUCAGAGUCCGCGUUAGCAACGCUGCACGAGGAAAAACCAAGGAACGCGGUCUUCUGCGCCCCCUGCAGAUGACGUCACAGACGCCACGCCCCUCCAGCUGCGGAAGCCAGGGGUGUCGCGGUUUCCACACAGGCUCAGGUGAUCAAGAUAGACCUAGAAACACCAAAUAAAUGCUCUAUCGAAACAAAACAUACAAUCAAAAUGUUA